AUGGUAGGAAAUAGUACGAUACGCAAAUUCCCUUUUGAAUUCUGUCGUGGUAUUUUUGCCUGUAAAGAUUCACCGGGAUUACCUACCUACAAUGCCAAACAACCUACUGGGUUAUUACUACAACUUGUCCUAUGUAGUUCAGUCGGCUUCUUGUGUUUUGUAUUAUUUUGUUAUCUUCGUGUUAGAUGGCCUUCCAUGUAUGCUCCUCGUCUCAAUAUGAAAAAACAUGCACCAAAGCAAUUAUCUUCUUCUUUCUUUGGUUGGAUUUUACCUGUAUUGAAAACUCCCAAUUCGGAAGUUCUGGAAAAAGUGGGUUUGGAUGCUGUUGUGAUGCUUCAAUUUUUGUUGAUGGCUGCCAAACUUUUUGCUCUUUGUGGUUUCUUUGGUACUGUGGUUCUCUAUCCUAUUAGUCGUAUGGGUGGUGAUUUAUUGAAUUCGACAGAUCCAUCUAAUAAUCAUACGGAUACCAACUCAACAUCUUUUCUAUAUUACGACUUGGCAACCCCAACAGCUCCUGAAACAUCAAACUCCUUUUUAUGGAUUUAUCUCUUCUUUACCUACUUCUUCUGUUUGGCCACAUUUUAUUUUACUUUCCUCAAUUAUCGUGAUUAUGUGCGUAUCCGUCAAGAAUUCAUGCUCCGGAUUGGAAGAACUAUUCCUUCACGUACUGUGUUGGUCAGUGGUAUUCCUCCUGCCCUUCGAUCUGAUCAAGCAUUAGCUGACUAUUUCGAGAAACUAGGUAUUGGUGUUGUCGACUCGGUGCAUAUUAUACGACAUGUCAGUCGCUUAUUGGAUUUUAUCAAAGAACGAGCUCUCUGUUUGCGACAAUUGGAAACUGCCUAUGCUCGAUUUUGGGGAAAUCCUUGUAAUGAUCCUGCAUAUGAUCCAGACUUUUUAUUAUCUGAAGCAGAACAGGAUCAACGUUUGAACGCUUUGAAUUGUAUAUUCACCAAACUCAAGAACAAAGUCAAGGAACCCACUAGACCUCUGGCAAAAGACGGAUUCUUAGGUGUCGUUGGUAAACAUGUGGACGCUAUUGAAUAUUACACUGAAAGAUUCAAUGAAUUGGAUGCUACUGUGAUCAAGGCAAGACGAUAUGGCAAGUUUUUACCUACUAGUGUUGGUUUUGUCACAUUUGAAGAUACCAUGAGUGCUUCUAUUGCUUCUCAAGUCUUGAUCGACUCAACACCUUUUCGAUUAAAAGCCCAACUCGCACCAGAACCUCGUGAUGUACUUUGGGAAAACAUUGCCAUGCAUGGAAGAGAAAGAUGGAUUCGCAAAGUUCUUAUGUUUGGUGUUUUACUUCUUUUGGUCUUUUUUUGGGUGAUUCCUAUCUCUUACUUUUCUGCUCUUACCAAUGAAAACUCUUUGCGAUAUUAUUUCCCAUGGCUGAUGGACCUGGCAUCAAAAAACAAGAUUUUACAACAAAUUAUUCAAUCCUUUUUACCUACUCUUGGUGUGGUGAUAUUUAUGGCCAUUUUACCCAUGAUCCUCAACGCUUUAAGUGUAGUGGAAGGAUUCCCAACGAGAAGUGAAGCUGAAGAAUCUACCUUUAGCAAAUAUUUUUUCUUUUUGUUAUUUAAUGUGUUACUUGUUUUCACUGCUUCAAGUGCAUUAUUCAAAACCCUCCGUGAAAUACUGGAAGAUCCAUCCCAAAUUGCAAAUAUCUUGGCCACUAAACUCCCCCAGGUUGCUCCUUUCUUUGUGAAUUAUACCGUCAUUCAUGGCAUGAUGCUUCUUCCUAUUCAGCUUUUACAAAUUGGACCUGUCAUCACCCAAACCUUCCAUCGUACCUUUAUAUCAAAGACACCUCGUGAUUAUGCAGAAGUACUUGCACCUCGAAUGUAUAACUAUGGUUGGGGUUAUCCAAUGCCGGUCUUUCUUUUUGUGGUUCUCUUGGUAUAUUCAACUAUCACUCCACUUAUCUUGGUAUUUGGUACUUUUUACUAUUGUAUGUCCUACCUUGUAGUCAAAUAUCAACUAUUAUAUGUCUAUUUCCAUCCUUAUGAAGUUGCAGGACGUAUGUGGCCAUUGGUUUUUUCAAGAAUCAUUGUCGGAUUGCUUUUAUUCGAAACAUUGGCAGCUGGUUUAUUUGUAUUGAAUAAAGCAUAUACUUUGGCUCUAUUGUGUACACCUUUGGUAUUUUUAACUCUUCUAUUCAACUUUGGUAUGGAUCGCGCUUAUCAAAAAAGUACUCAAUACCUACCUUUACAAUCUGCACCUGUGACUCCCAAACCACAAGAACAACAACAGCAACAACUUAUUACAAUGAAUAAUGGAAGUAAUGCAAAUCUAGUGAAUUUACGACGUCGUCGAACUGUGCUAGAUGAAGAUGAUUACGAAGCAGAAACUCGGAAAUAUACCAACUUCAAGGAACCACCUAUGACUUUACUCAAUGGUAUUUUGAACACUGGCAUGAAAAAGUAUGCACAUCCAGCCUUUCUUGGUGUUCUUCCUCAGUUAUGGUUACCAAUCAAGGCACGCCCUCGACAUCAACGACGACAACAACAGUAUAGUAAUAAUACUGAACAAACCGAACAACAACCAUUGAUAGCGGAUGAUAGUGGAAAUAUUCAACCUACUGGUGAUCACAAUGAUGAUGAUCAGCCUACACAUGCAACAAAUGGAGUUAUAGUGUCAACAAGUAGUAGUAAUAAUAUAUACCAAUCAUUACCAUCCCCAUCAUCAUCACCACAACAACAACAGCAGCAACAACAACAACCUGAUUCCUCUGAAAAUGAUCGUGCUGAUUCUGCACCAAUACUGACGACAACAAGCAACUCGAUGGUGACAGGACAAGAACGGGAUACCACAGAACUUUCAACUGAUAUACCCUCAGAUGAAGAAGACAGUAUGGAAGACGAAGUGGAUACGAAUAAUGGAACAUAUUAUCAUCACCCUGAACGAAAAGUAUCCAAAACAUUACUCAGCCGAUCGUAUGGUGCUACUGGUUAA